AUGUCUGUCUACUGUGACGGACAGACAUCCCUCUUCCGGAAUCGAGAAGACUUUCCUUCACCACAAUUUACAAACCCUUUCAAAUCCGCUGCACGGUGAUCAAAAUCGCCGUACGAUUCUCUUAUUUCUCUCUAUCGAGCACUGAGAGGGAAGAAGAGGCUGAGUAGAAUAGAAGGUGCUAAAUACUAAAUAGAAAAAGAAGAGAGGGUUAAAAAGCAAAAAAGAAAAAAAAGGGGGGGUAUUUCUGGAAAAAUCGAGGCGAGAAGGAGGGGGAUUUUGCACAUGGAGAGAAGGUUUCUUUCAUCGGUUUCUUUUCUUCUUCUUCUGUUCUCAUUUGCAGACUUCAGCUAUGGAAGCAAAAUUGGAGUCUGCUAUGGGCGAAAUGCGGAUGACCUUCCGACCCCUGACAAAGUUUCCCAACUGGUUCAACUUCACAACAUCAAAUACCUGAGAAUCUACGACUCCAAUAUUCAGGUUCUGAAGGCCUUUGCCAACACUGGUGUAGAACUGAUGAUCGGCAUUCCAAACUCCGACUUGUUGCCCUUCUCCCAAUACCAAUCAAAUGUUGAUUCAUGGAUGAAGAACAACAUCCUUCCAUACUACCCUGCUACAAAGAUCUCAUAUAUAACUGUAGGAGCUGAAGUGACUGAAAGCCCGGCUAAUGUAUCCUCCCUUGUUGUCCCCACCAUGCACAAUGUCCAAGUAGCUCUGAGAAAAGUUGGUCUGCAAAGGAAAAUCAAAGUCUCGAGCACCCAUUCACUUGGAAUCUUGUCUCGAUCCUUUCCACCAUCUGCUGGGGCUUUUAACAGCAGCCACGCAUUCUUUCUAAAACCCAUGUUGGAAUUUCUCGCGGAGAACAACUCUCCGUUCAUGGUUGAUAUUUAUCCUUACUAUGCUUAUAGAGACUCCCUUACUAAUGUUUCUCUAGAUUAUGCUCUAUUUUCACCGUCCUCUUCCAAUGUCAUUGAUCCAAACACUGGUUUCAUAUAUACCAACAUGUUCGAUGCUCAAAUAGACGCGCUGUAUUUUGCACUUACGUCUCUAAAUUUCAGAACUUUGAGGAUCAUGGUCACAGAGACGGGCUGGCCAACCAAAGGAUCUGCAAAGGAGAAAGCCGCAACUCCUGACAAUGCCCAGACGUAUAAUACUAAUCUGAUCCGCCAUGUCCUCAACAACACGGGGACGCCAGCGAAGCCUGGAGAAGAGAUCGACUUGUAUAUCUUUUCAUUGUUCAACGAGAACAGGAAGCCCGGGUUGGAAUCUGAAAGGAACUGGGGGUUGUUUUAUCCCGAUCAGACUAGUGUUUAUAGUCUGGAUAUGACUGGGAGAGGAGCUGUAGGAGUGACCACACCUGCGAACGCUACAAGUUCAAAUGGAACGUGGUGCAUUGCUUCGCCUACUGCUUCAGAGUUGGAUUUGCAGAGCGCGUUGGAUUGGGCUUGUGGUCCUGGAAAUGUUGAUUGUUCGGCUAUUCAGCCUAGCCAGGGUUGUUAUCAGCCAGAUACUUUGCAAUCCCAUGCUUCAUAUGCAUUCAACAGUUAUUACCAACAGAAUGGGGCUUCUGACGUCGCUUGCAGCUUUGGAGGUGCAGGGGUAAAAACUACUAAGAACCCAAGCUAUGACAAGUGCCUGUACCAAACGACAGGGAGUACUACCACAAGCGUGAGUAAUUCAACUGUGUCCGCUGGUGCGUCUUCAUCCUCAGCUGUAAGAUAUGGUAUUUCUAUCUCGGUAUUAGGGGGCCCACUUGUGGUUUUUCUCUCGUCUUUGGUUAUAUGCUCCACCUAACGAGUGAGAUCGAGCGCACCAUUAGAUUAGAACAGAUUUUGGAAAAAGAGGAUUGGAGAUGUGUAUUUUUAGAGACAUGGACAGGAACUGGAGUGGGAAACAUCUGUAGAUACAGUGUGGUGGUAAUACGUGAGUCUUGCCCCUAUUGUUUUAUUAUUUGAGCUCCCCUAUUUUUGUGUCAUGGAAUGUUUAGGGAGAAGAGCUCUCUCUACUUGUAUUUAUGGGCACUUGCAGGUGGUGGUUGUUUGUUGUA